AAACUUUGAACUUUGAAGUUUCGCCUUCCCCCUUCUGUGGCUGCCACAGUGAGUGCCACCGCAACAACCACCACAAAAUGCCCUUUCAUUCCAAGUCUUUCGUCUCUUACAACCCUCAAAUGCGGUCUCUUUCAGCUUCCCAUCCUAUCCGAGCUCCUCUUACCAACCAUGAUUCCGAAGAAGAUGAAGAGGGAAGUUACGCCUCUGAAAACGGAAUAUCUCCUCCUAUCCAUGGGGCUACUUUACCUGUUAGGCCCUUUGCCAAUUUGUCUACCUAUGUUGAUGGAGAUGAUGAAGACACUGAAGGUGAAGAACAAACCGAUGAUGAGAUUUUAGGUGUUGUGAGGGUGCCUCCUCCCCCCAGAAUUAGGGUGUUUGAUGAUGUUGAAGUUGAAGAACAAAAUGAUGAUACUUCUGCGAAUUCAUUACCGGUUAGUCAUUCAUUGCUUUCAGAUGAGUUUUCUUUCAACGAUUUCUCUUCGAAUAAUUCUGUUGCUGAAGCUCAAGAUGACAUUGAUAGUGUUGGGAUAGGUCUUGAUGAAGAAGAGCUUGAUCUUGAUGGUAGAAUAGAUUAUGAUGAUGAUGAUGAUGAUGAUGAUGAUGAUGAUGAUGAUUUCUCUGAUGUUAUGUCUCGGUAUUCACAAGAUAAUUUGAGCAAUAGACAAGUUGGGAAGGUUAGAAUAGUGUUAGAUGAGUUUGAGAAGGGAGAAUUUUAUGACAUAAACAGAAAUGAGGGAAGCCCCUUAGAGAUGAUUGAGAAUAAUUCCACAAUGCUAGCGAAGUUGGAAGUUGACACCAGAGAGGCUAUUAACAUGGUCAAUAGCAUCAACAUUGAGGAUUAUGGCAAUAGCAGACUGCCAAAACAGAAUAGUAGUAGCAUUCAUGAUCCGCAAGAACAGUAUUCCCAGCCUGAAACUGAUUUUAUAAUGUCGGUUGAACAAGUCUUUGCUGACACCAUUGAUGAUAGUGCAACUCAAAGAAGUGUAGCUAAUGGAAGUCAAGGUCUUGCAACCAACCAGGAAGGUAAACAAACUCACUGUGUUGAGUCUUCUCGAUGGUUGGACCCAACACUGCUUCAGGGGAACGGAUAUUUGGAAAAUGAUCUGUCUGAGGCCAAUUUAGAUGGUAAUCAAGACAACCUAUUUUGCAACCACGUGGAAACAGAUCUUAAAUUUGGAGUCACAGUUAAAGAAGAAGCCAGUGUUGCAUUAAAUACGAUAGCUGAAGAAUCAAAGAGACAUGGUUCUGCUUCAGAUGGAGAUACGGAAAGCUUGAUCACAGUAAGCCUAGAAGGCCUUGAACAGUUCAAGGAACAAAUUUCCGCCCUCUCUUAUCUUUUGGGGUCAAAAGGUUCUUUAAAGAACUGUCAACAAGAGGAACUUGUCAGGAGUUCACAUGAAAAUAUAAUGUUAUCAAGGGAUGACGCACAAGGGCAAUUUGUUAAUGUUACUUGUGGUGGUGAAUGGAAUGGCAAGACCAAUGCUGAUGAAUCCAGUGCUAUCUUACUCAAAGAUCCAGGUAGUCUCGAUUUCUUACUUGAAUUUGAACACAACUUAAGCAACAAAGAUAAGGAAAAAAUACGGAGGGUACAGAACAAAUGCGUGAAAUUCUUGAGGAUUGUCCGGCGAUUAUAUUUACCUAUGGAAGAUUGCUUUGUCUCAAAGGUGCUAUGCAGGUUAGUUGCAGAUAUUGGAAGGCGCUCAAAUCAAGAAUUUGUCAUUGAGUCAGCAAAAUUAUCAGCAAAGAAGCUUGAAGAAGAUUGUAGAGAUGAUUUAGACUUCUGUUUAAACAUUCUAGUUCUUGGGAAAAGUGGGGUGGGAAAAAGUGCAACCAUAAAUUCUAUUUUUGAUGAUGUGAAGGUUGUGACAAAUGCAUUUCAACCUGCUACGACCUCUGUAGAAGAGGUUUCUGGAACCAUAGAUGGAAUCAAGAUCAGAAUGCUUGACACACCUGGUCUGAGGUCCUCUAUGAAGGAGCAAGCUUUCAACAGAAAAAUAUUGUCAUCUAUCAAGAAGCAUAUGAAAAAGUUUCCUCCAGAUGCCAUUCUCUAUAUUGAUCGGGUAGAUGCUCAGUCCCGAGAUCUGAACGACUUACCAAUGUUAAAGUCAAUCACAAGUUCUCUUGGUCCGUCAAUAUGGCAACAUACUAUUCUUACCCUGACUCAUGCUGCUGCUUCUCCGCUUGAUGGACCAUCAGGAUCCCCUUUGCGCUAUGAGUUAUCUGUGGUGCAAAAAUCCUAUCUUGUUCAGCAAUCAAUUGCACAGUCAGUAGGUGAUCUGUGUCAACUGAGUCCAGGUUUCAUUUGUCCGGUGUCUCUUGUUGAGAACCAUCCAUUAGGUGGAGAAUAUGUUCUUCCGAAUGGACUAAGAUGGAGAAGCCAAUUAUUAACUUUGUGUGCCUCUCUAAAAAUUCUAUCUCAAGUGUGUCCUGUGACACUGCCUCCAACUCCUUUUGAUCGUUGGAAGCAAUUUUUCUUCCAGGAUGACACCCCGCAGCUCAGCCAUGUCUUUUCUUCUCUAUUGCAGUCUCAUGCUCACCUAAAAUUCAAAUCCAGUUGGAAUUGAGUAGCUUCUGCUUUUCAAGCGGUUUAGAAUGCGAGCUAGUCUCAGCAGGUUCAUUAAAAAGCAAUGUUUUGCAAUAUCAUGAACAUUUGUUGAACUCCUUAGUAGAAGUAGUGUUGAAAGUGAAAGCAUUCAGAUACAUCCAGAAGAAAAGCAAUUGUAGUGGCAGGUGUUGUUGAACACGGGCGAAGAUUAUAUGAUUGGCAUCUUAGUUUGGGAGAGAUGAUAAUAUAUCAAUCCUUGUCUAAGCUGUUUAUAAUGCCAAUGUUUCGAUGUAGUCAUGGCUGGAACCAUGAUCUUAAGUGUAUUCUUUGCAUGAAUAUUUAUGGUAGCUUUGUAGCUUUUGGAAGCAUAGAUAAUGAAGGUUAAAUUUCCACUUA